AUGUGGAAGCUUGAGGAACUAGAUGGAGAAAUGGGCGAAUAUUUCAGCAUUAUAGAAGAAGAAGCAAAAGAACUUCGUGAAAAAAUUGGACCACCAUGUGAACCUUCUUUCGAUGAUAAUGCUCAAGGUGAAAACUCGCAAGAGGGCGGUCAAUCAGGGAGCGGACACCAAAAUCCCGAAGAAGAAAGCUCUGAAGUUGUAGCUGAUGAAAAUGAAAGCGUUACUGAUUGGACAGCUGAACCGAAAAAGAAACAUAAAAAUGUGUCACCCAAGGAAGCUGAAAAUCCUGAUCAAAAUCCUGAUCAAAACCCUGAUCAGAAUAGACCUGCUCAAAACGACAAUAACAACAACAUAAUUGACGAUGAUGCAAAUCAACAGCAAAACCAGCCUGCAGAUAAUAAUGGAGCUCAAGAUGGACCAACUCAAAAUGGCGCUCAAAAUACAGGAAUCAAGCCGGAUAUUUUUAUUCCAUUCAGAAGCCCAAACUACGAUCUUUACCUAUCUGGUUAUACUGAAUCAGAACGUCAGACCAUUCGUCACAUCGAUCUUUUUGUACGCCGAAAAAGUGAAUUAAUUGAGUACGCUACAAAGAUUUUAGAGUGCAGCAACCUGGAUACACCCGUUCUAAUAAUACAAGAAGAUGAUCAACUAGUCGAGUCUCUUGCUACUCAACUUUGCAAUGAAGGCUUCUGGUCAGUGCCGAUCAUCAACAAAACUACCGCAGUCUCGGCCACAGAGAUGGACAAUGCCAACAAAAUGUUUGAGCUGAGCAAAGACAGCCUUGCUACAUUUCGAUGCCUCAUAACCACAAUUAAGUUUUUGCGAGACAACUUCGAUUUCUUUAAGAAGCGUCCUUCAGUGGACCUCGCCUUCAAGGCGGAAGAACGUGAAGCAGGCCACCUGAAGGGCCUCCUGCCAGUGGCCGUUCGCAGCCUUGAGCAGCAGGCCCGCCUCGAGAUGGACUGUCUGGCCUUGCUGGGCGACAACGCCCUCGCCAAGUACAUGCACCUGCGUGAGCUGCAGGACCGCAACCGAGUGCUCUUCUACAAGGUGCUCAUCACCUACGCCACCGAGGUGAUGCCCCUCGUCUACACGCCCACGGUCGGCCUCGCCUGUCAGCAGUACAGUCUGGUGGUGCGUCGUCCUCGAGGCGUCUUCAUCGCCGCCACUGACGUCGGUCAUGUGAGCGAAGUGCUGGCCAACUACCCAGUCAACGAUGUGCGCGCCAUUGUGGUCACCGACGGUGAGCGCAUCCUGGGACUGGGCGACCUGGGCGCCAACGGCAUGGGCAUUCCCGUGGGCAAGAUCGCCCUGUACACCGCAGUGGGCGGCAUUGACGCCGCUCAGACGCUCCCGGUGACGCUGGACGUGGGCACGAACAAUGAGGCGCUGCUCGCCCUGCCGCACUACAUUGGCCUGAAGCAGAAGCGCCUGAGCGGCUCUGCCUACGACCGUCUGGUGGACGAGUUCAUGGAGGCGGUGGUGAAGCGAUGGGGUCGCCAGUGCCUGGUUCAGUUUGAGGACUUUGGGAACAAGAACGCCUUCCGACUGCUGGCCAAGUACCAGGACCGAUACUGCACCUUCAAUGAUGACAUUCAGGGAACUGCCUCCGUGGCUGUGGCUGGUGUGCUGGCCAGUCUCAAGGUGACCACCUCGAAGCUGGCUGACCUGAAGGUUCUUUUUCUCGGCGCUGGCGAGGCUGCACUGGGCAUUGCCGACCUUCUGGUGAUGGCGAUGAACGAGCAAGGCCUCUCCACUGUUGAUGCUCGCUCUCGCAUCUUUCUCAUCGACUCGCAGGGCCUGGUGACCAGUGAUCGGCCACGAGGUGACGCUCACAAGGACUGCUACGCUGCCAGGCUGAAGGCGGAGGCGAUGCCACCGACGAAGGAUCUUCUAGCCAUCAUCGAGAAGCUUCGCCCAAACGUGCUCAUCGGAGCGGCCGCCCAGCCGGGCGCCUUCUGUGCGGCAGUGCUGGCGAAGAUGGCGGAGAUCAACCCAGUGCCGGUGAUCUUUGCCCUCUCUAAUCCUACCUCCAAGUCGGAGUGCACCGCCGAGGAGGCCUACCUUCACACCGGCGGUCGUGCGCUCUUCGCCUCUGGCUCUCCCUUUGAGAAGGUGACCGCCUUUGGGCGUACCUUCACGCCGGGCCAGGGCAACAACGUGUACGUGUACCCGGCGGUGGCCUGCGCCGUCGUCCACUGCCGUGCCACCACCGUUCCGCCUGAGGUCUUUCUGGUGGCGGCCACCGCACUGGCCGGUCUGGUCUCUCUGCCGGACAUUCUCCAGCACGGGACCUUGUACCCGCCCAUGGCAAACAUUCGCGCCACCAGUCUGAAGGUGGCCGCCAAGGUGGCGGAGUGGCUAUACGCAAAAGGCCUAGCGCACGUUAAGCCCGAGCCCGCCGACAAGGAGCAGUUUCUCGCCAGCAAACUCUACGAGCCUGCCUACGUUUAG